CCUCGUUUGAAAGGCCUUAACCGUUGUUACGCCUUUCUAUCGGUAUUUAAGUCGUCUAUGCGGAGGUCCUGGUGAAGUAAAGGGACACCGAAAUACUAUUAACAAUAGGAUAAUAAUGUGAAAUCGUUGGUAUGGCGUGGAUGAGCAUUGUUAUCAAAAACCGGGUACGUACAGGUGACAGGUACCCGACCCAAACAACAUACACACCAUAUGAAGGAAAACGUCCGUCAUAGUUUUACCUGGAAACGGUAGUUUGAUACGUCAGAUACAGAUCGGGUUGUUUACUGAGUGGUAACUCUUCAGACUUUAUUUCGUGAACAAAAACCUAUUUCGUGACAUAUGGAUAUGUAAUGGCGAAGGAAACGGGCGAGAAAUGCGGUAAACACAGUUGAACAAUCUAACCUCGAUUUGAUGAAAUCACUGGGACAAACAGUCUCGAUAUUAGAUAACAUAUACGUUUACGCAACUGGUACAAAACAAACGGCGACCUAAUGAUCAACUAUGACAUUCGAUAACACUUCUAAGCUUAUAAAAACAAAAUUCUGUUGCACUUUGUCGUCAUCUGUUUUGAGAUUAUCAAUAUUUCAACGGAUAUAUAUAAACGACGACAAAGCACGGACUCCUGCGAGUGAAGGCAAACCACUGAAUGUAAUUUACACACACAAGCAUAGACGCAUCGAUCACCAGUAGUGGGUCGUCUGUUUACUCUUUUGUAUUUUCAUGUCGACAGACUACCGAUGGACUAUUUAAAGAACUGCUAUUACAAAUAUCUUCAAACAAGCUCCAACAUGUGACCAUUUGCGGCUGCUUUUAAAGCCAAGGACUUUGGAAUCGAGAUUAAACAGCACACAGGACGGUUUUCUAUCUACAUGGACAUCUACCAUUGCAAGUUGAUGAAAAACGACGAUUCAGAAGAAUGCCACCAGAUACAAAUGUUGUUGUCAUGGAAACUAAGGAAAAUGGACAUUCUAAGAACAAAUGGAAAACUAUUAUAGAAAUCAUUGGCUUAUGGUAUCUUACAAUUUAUGUGAUAAAUUUCCCUGAUUUCUACGAGAAUUUCAUGUCGAAGCUUUAUCUUGCCCUUUUCGUAUUCAUGGUGUUUUACUCGCACAAGGAAUCUUUUCCUGGAUCAUCGUUUGGAAUCCUGGCCUAUUGUUGGAUGGCGUUGAAGGCGGUGUGUUUUACUUUUGUGUUUACCACGACGUGGUAUAAUUGGCACUAUACACUCAUGGGUCUUACAUUGAUGGAGCUAAUUCAACUUACCUUUUACGAAGAAAUACGAAAGAGGAGGUGUUUAAGGGAAGUACGGGACAAUACGCCUGAGAAAGGCGCCCAAGAACAAAGUGAAACAAUUCAUUCUAAAGUGGUCGUUUACAAAAACACAAUCCAAGAAAUGCUGCCCGGUGUUCAUGUACAUAUAUUCAAAGUCAAAUUUUUUUUUAUAUGUCUAGUUUUAUUAUACGUAAUUGCUCCAUAUACAUUAUAUACAUUGAUUGCAAAUAUUCCAUCCAUUAUGUUUGCUGUGAUAAUAAUUUUUACUCAUAUACAUUUCUUUUCGGAAAAACCAUUAAUCGAUUUCAUACUUUAUUGUUGUGUUAUUUCAAAAUAUGUUUUUUAUUUGAAAGAUGUUUUCACGUUACAAAUGCCUCUAGAACUUCAGCUUUUAAUAAUCUCAACAGUUGAAUACUUUCAGUUGCACGUUAGCCAACGAGUACAGGAGUGGUUAUGCGAUAGGAAACUAGUCAAAUGCAAGACAUGUUCUGAUAGUACUCUAGGAGCUCAUCGAAGUUCCAAAAAAGGGCGAAUACAAUCAGAGUUGCAUUUCAUUGAAGAAUUAUUUCUCUUCUGUGUCCUUGUUUAUGUAAUGCUCAAUUUUGGUUUGUGGGGCAUUGUUACCGUACGGGAUAUUUUUCUAGUCGUCAUUCCACUUCUUAUUAUAGCAUACUCAGCGGGCUUUUUGGUAGUAAACAAAAACUUGUUAUCUCUUAAAUAUUAUCAUGUAGUUUGCGUCCAUUUGUCUAAAUGUUUCUUCUUUGCAAACUUAUGGUACUGGCACUAUCUUCCGAAAUGUUUAGUAUUGCUUUCAUUGAUUGAAAUAGUUCAAGUGCGUGUGAUUGGCUAUUACGUUUUGGAAAAGAAGGCGGAGCCGGCCCUUGUUCUAUGUGACUGUCAGCGUUUCAAUAAGUGCAUUAUCUGUCUUGUAUGGUAUCUCAUGCCCUACACAUACUAUGUAGAUUUCUGGCGCUUGACGUCAUGCCCUAUGACGUCAUACCUAACGUCUGUGGAUGCAUCGCGCGUAACGUCAUAUAUGCGUUUUGUGGACGCGUGGUAUAUCUAUAAAAAAUAUAAGCGUUGCCGACACAAACAUCCGGAGAGUUUAGAGGAAGUUUAGAUUAUAUUUAGAUACAACAUUUUGAUAAAAUUAUAUUUUAUCAAAUAUCAUUUUCUUUUGAUGUACUCUUGGCUCGUCCACACAUCGGUAUUGUUAUGUUGUGUAGAAAACGUCAGCUUUAGUAACUUUUAUAUGUGAAAAAAGUGUGGCGUUAAAAACUUCAAACAAGAUAGCAAAUACCGAAUUGAUAUUAAGUUAUUUUAAUCCAUCGAUAAUUAUCAAUCUUCAUUUUCCAUAAAACCCCCAUAUACAGUUUUGUUACCUUUACAAGUAUUACGCAAUAAAUCCGAAAGAUAAACGUAAAAAUGAUGAAUGGGUCUGUAUACUAAUACUAUCGUUUAGUUCUGCAUAUCGUGGUUAUGCAUAUAUCUGUUAAACCUUUCACCCCUAUGUAACGAAAGUAAACUGUACCGUGCAUUGAUCUGGAAGAGUCCAUUAUGGCCCACAGUGGUGAAAGGGUUAGAUUGGAAAUGUCAUUGCCCUGUGAUUUCUUAUUUUAACUUAUUUAAAUACUCAGUAACUUAUAUCGAUUCCCUAUACUUAUACUGCUUACAUGGCACAGUUGAUUCCGUUCUCAAGAGCCCAUUAUCAGUACCAGGAUUUCUGGUAAGACGCUUCCUGUAGACUUCGGACAGACUCCAUUUUUUGAUGACGUAGUUAUAUAAUUCAUCAAGACAUGGUUAACAAUAAUCAAACUUAAAGGUUUUGUUCUUUGUAUUUUGGAUCGUUGAUCAUUACAAACGAGACAUAUCGUGACAGGUGCAACAUGUGGCACAGGACGUGUUUACUCUUCCGAAUCAACUGUUUCUCACUUACGUUGUUUUUAAGGGUUUCAUGAUUUCUAUUGUAUUGUUUUGAGGAUUCCUGUUAACUUUUUAUUUCAAUGUCGAAUUCGACUCACGAUUUUUUCUCUUUGCGUUGAAAUUAUGGAUACUUUUCUUUGUGUGUUGACACUCUGUUAUAUGUUGUCCUUGUGUGUCGACACUCUGGUAUAUGUUGUCCUUGU